AUCAGAUGAUCCGCCACCGUCAAAGGAUAUUGAAACCUUACUCAAGAGACACUUUGAACGUUUUACAACAAAUUAUGAACGUGAGUUCAGGGACUUAUUGUAAAAAAAUCAGUUGUAAGUGAAAUCAAGGACUUAAGAAAAGAGGUAAGCAAACUGUCAAAACAAAACGUCUCGCUAUCAAAUCAAUGUUCUGCCCUGGAUGACAGACUUACAUCAGUUGAAGACAAGCUAAACGUAGAUAUGAGGCUGCCUACCAGCCAGGAAGAGUUUUUCACUGAACUGUCGGAACGAAAACGCCGUGAAAUCAACGUGAUUGCCCUAAAUAUUCCUGAGUCUGAUAAAGCUGCUGGAAAGGACCGUUUAGAGGAUGACAGAACAAAGUUAGUCAUAGCUUUGCCUCCCAGUCUCAAGGAUGAGGCCACUGAGCUCAAGUUACGUAGACUGGGUCGUCCUACACCUUGACGUAAACGUCCUCUUCACAUUACCACCCGCUCAGCAGCCGAUGCACUUUCCAUUAUCAAAUACAGACCAACAGACGAAAACUCAGGUUUUAUUUUCAAGACUGAUCUCACUCCCUCUCAACAACUUUAUCUGAAAAAUUUGCGUCAAGAGCUUGAUUCAAUCGUGAAGAGUGGUGAUGACAGUAACACAAUUAAAUAUAUCCAUGGUGUCCCAAGAAUCGUUAAAAGAAAUUUUCGUUCGCUCAACGAGCAAGAAGAAAGUAUCUUACGUUCACCUGUGCUACCGGAACGUCAGAGGUCUGCGUACAAAACUAUCAACAUUUCAAACCGCAUUAGCGCCUAACCAGUACGACGUUGUAUGUAUUUCGGAAUCCUGGCUUCACUCAUCCAUAUGUGAUGGUGAAGUCAUUGAUUCAACAUAUAGUAUUUACCGUAAAGACCGUGUUUCUCUCAGCAACGAGCAGGUGCGUGGUGGUGGUGUCUUCAUCGCUUGUAAACGUAGUCUCCAUACAGUCAAAUUGCAAUAACAAACAAUGAUUUAGAGCAAAUAUUCAUCCGUGUCAAGGAAGCUUCUCGCGAUAUGAUCAUCGGCUGCAUCUACAUACCUCCUCAAUCAACUCUUGAGAUCUUCGAGUGCCACAUAGCUACCGUUUCAUUUAUAAUGGACAAAUACCAAAACUCCAACGUCAUGAACAGUUUCGACUGUGAAAAGCAACUUUAUGAUGGAUUUGCCUCAUUAAACUGCACUCAACAAAAUCACAUUCAAAAUGCCUGGAACUCAAUACUUGACCUUUGUUUCAGUGACAUUGCCUCUUCUCCGGAACACGCAGUUGCUCUUGUCCCGAAAGAUAAGUACCAUCCUGCUAUCGACAUCUUGCUAAAUUUUCGGCCGGGGUUGACGCCAGAUAAUUCCUCAUCAUACGUAUUUAAAAAGGCUAACUACGCAGCCCUUAAUACUUCUCUCCUAAGAACGAACUGGAUUGACCUCUACAAACUCGAGACUAUUGACAUACACGUACGCAAGCCGAGUAACUAUCCAUCUUGGUUCUCACAUGAUCUCAUUCACAAAGCCAAACAGAAGAAAUCUGCACACCUGAUAUAUAAAAUUCGGAAAACUAAGCCAAAUUAUUUACGAUUCAGCAGGUUACGAUUGGAAUGCAAAAAGUUAAGUAUCGAAUGCUACAAAAGUUAUGUCGACAAGGUAGAGGACAAACUGCAAUCGGAGAUCAAAGCAUUCUGGAAUUUUAUCAAGGACAAAAACCGUUGCACCGGUGACAUACCAUCUUCCGUAGCCUGGAAUGACCGCUCAGCAGAUACGGGACCAGGUAUCAGUAACCUCUUUGCGCCCUUCUUCCACAGCAUCUACGCGCCAUCGAAUAGCGGUGACAAAGGUGUUGCAACACAGCGCACACACUUGGAUGCCCUGACAGUGACCUACGAUGCAGUACUCAAAGAACUCCUUGCUCUCGACCCCAGCAAAGGUGCAGGCCCCGAUGGUUUGCCUAACAUAUUCAUCAAAAACUGUGCGGUAGGCCUAUGUGAGCCUUUGACACAUAUAUUUGGCGAAUCUCUUCACCAUGGUACCUUCCCGACCUACUGAAAACUGUCAUACAUCUCACCGAUUCUUAAAGAGGGGCCCAAGACCUUGGUUACCAACUACCGUCCUAUCUGCAUACAGUCUGCACUUGCAAAACUAUUUGAGAGUUUAGUGCUUCCACAGAUACGUCAGGCAUUUGAAAACAUCAUAACAACCAAACAACAUGGCUUUACUGGUGGCAGAUCCACCACUACCAAUUUGUUCAUAUACGUCGACAAACUGCUGAACUCCAUGGAUUCCGGAAACUGCACACACAGCAUUUACACAGACUUCAGCAAGGCUUUCGACCGUGUUGACUACGAAAUACUUUUAGCGUAUUUGUGGCUGGACGUGCAUUAGCUUGGAUACGUACAUACCUCACAGAAAGACGCUUGCAAGUCAGAGUAGAUGGCCACUUAUCCAGUGAAUAUGAAGUAAUCUCUGGUGUGCCCCAAGGAGCUCACCUUGGUCCUGUGCUGUUUAACGUCUUCGUCAACGACAUUGACCGAUUACUUGUGAGACAGACAUCAUAAUCUUGCAACAAGACAUAAGUACCCUCAGCGACUGGUGUCGAGUGAACAAGCUGGAUCUCAACGUAAACAAAUGUGCGGCCAUAUCUUUCGCUCGCUCACACUCACCGAUCCGCACGAGCUACAAACUUGAUGGGCUUGAGAUAGCUGAGGUCGAGAACAUAAAAGACUUAGGUAUCAUUGUUGAUAAUAAGCUCACCUUCUCACACCACGCAGACAAAAUUACAUCAAAGGCGCUCAAAGCCCUUGGAUGUACUACCAAUUUUGGAAUAUGGUUCGGUAAUCUGGUCUCCCUACACUAACACGACAAUCGAUAAAGUUGAAAAGGUGCAGCGUAAAUUCUGUAAGUCACUGGCCUAUAAACAAUCUUCACCAAGUCACAUCUGCUCUACCAGUGCUACUGUAUAAAUAAACUGUCUUCUCGUCGACAGGUCGCUGACCUCUGCUUUUUCUACAUAGUAGUCAAUAACAUCACUGAUGCUCAUGAGAUCCUAAACAGUUUUGAACUCGCCCCUGCUGGUCUUACCCUGAGGCGAAAUAGAUUACUAAAAACAUCGAAAUCCAAGAAAAAUUAUGUUAUCCAUGGUCCUCAUAAUAGACUGGCUAAUUCAGUAAAUUCACUUCAAGGUGAAAUUGAUUUCUAUGGAGGAACAUACGCUGCUUUUACCGAAAACACCAAGAGACACCUGCUCGUCUGAAUUACAUCUAAAUCAAGUCUGAAUUACAUAUUGACUUACAAUUAUUUAAAUAUUUUCCAGAUAUUACACAAAAUACCCUAGCUACUUUUGUAUAAUACUUCAAAUCUUUAUUAUAUCUAUGUAUAUUGCCGAUUGGCGUUUAAAUAAAUAAAUAAAUAAAUAAAUAUACUCUGGUGGGUCUCUCCCCAGGACAUGGGUUGGGAACAGACUGUUUACGAUGUGCUCCAUGGCUGCAGCGUUUAACUCUGAAAUGGACUGUUUCGCCCCGAGCUUUCUCAUUACGAUCUUGUAUCCGAGACCCCAAGGAUUUUUGUUUAUAUCGCUACGUAGCUCUUCCCAUUUAUCUUUCUUUGCCUUUUUUAUUGCAUCUUUCAGCUCAGUUUUCGCAGCUUUAUAUUCCUUAUGCUCUUCCAUUUCGUUUCUUCCUCUUCUUCUAGCCCUUGUGUAUCGGCGUCUUUUACGCAGGCAAGUUUGUCUCAGAUUUUGUAUUUCGUCCGUCCACCAAUAAACUGCUUUCUUUGGAUGCCCACCUUUUAUUUUGGGCAUGGCUGCCUUACAUGCCUCUGUGAUGCUGUCCAGUGUUUCUUUGACAAUAAACCUAGCUGGGCUACUUGCGUGGUAUUUUGGUGGGUUUUUGUCUAUGCUUGCGAGGAGUUUUCCUGAGUGUAGCUUGGAAACGUUUCAUUUACGUGUUCCUCUUCUUUUAGUUGUUGCUUGACUUUUGUCUGGACCUAUGAGGUAGGAUAUGUAUUGGUGAUCGCUACCUGUGUAGUCUUCUAGUACUUUCCAUUCGCGUAGCUGGUUUGCGAAUCCUUCAGAUACCAGCGUAAUAUCGGGAGUUGUGUCGUUGCAUCCCGGCCUUCUGAAAGUUGUUUGGGAUCCUCUGUUGGCAACGAUAAGUCCUAAUCUAGCUGCCAUGUCAAGGAUUUUGCGUCCCCUCGAAUUUGUUGUCGGUGUGCCCCAUUCCAUGGCCUUGGCGUUGAAAUCUCCGGCUAUGAUUAAGUGCCGAUUUGGGUGAUGCGCGGCAUCCUCAAUGGCAUCGAGCUUUGCUUGGAAUUCUGAGAAAGGAUCGCUCGGUGUCAGGUAGCAGCUAAUUAUCGUGAUGUUUUCGUUGCUUAUCCAGACAAAACCAUUUCCUCUCCCGCUGCUUGUUGUUUUGAAGCCGCUGCUUUCCGUUAGCCAUAUUGUCGCUGUUGCGGUGAUGUCCUCCAACCAUGUUCCGUCUUGCACUAUCCUGUAUUGCUCGCUGAUGAUUGCUACUUCGGUUCCGAAUUCCAGCAUGAGCUGUGGGAGCAGGGAGUCAGCGGUUUUGCUUCUGUGCAUGUUACACUGCAGGAUCUUCAUAUCCUUAUUUGUUCCCUGUACGACUCAUACGUGCGAGACCCUGGGAUAUGGUCUGUUUGGCUAUGCUUUUGUUCCACACAGAGGCAACAGCUCGGUGUGUUUGUGCAAUCUUUCAGCUUGUGCCCGGAUUUCCCGCAACGUAUGCAUAAUCCUUGGCCUUUCCUAUCAGGCCCUUUGCACUCCCAUUGUAGGUGACCGAAGUUGAAGCAUCUGUAGCAUUUUUUGACUUCUUUCAUGAGCUUCAUCUGCAGCUGAUCCAUCCUAUUUUAUGUGGCCUUCCCUUAAUCCUGUUUGCGUUGUCUGCUGUCAUUGUCACAUAGGCGCGUAUUUGUUCGCGAGUGUUUGGCGAGCUGGUCCUCACUGUUAUUUCUUCAACUGCUUCUUCUAGUAGUCUUCUUACUGAGGACGUAACUUCUGCUGCGGUAAUUUGGGAGUCGAGGUCUCGGAUCUCUAUUGUGGCUUUCUUUCAGCUCGCUUAUAGAAGCUAUACCAUCAGGUUGUUAAGCGCGUUUUGGAGCUCUGGUUCUUUUCUCCUUUCUUCAGUUCGAGGAAGGCCCUGAUUUUGUUUUCCGUAUUGCGACUUCCACCUUGUCUUGAUCCCCAUGACGUGUUGACGUUUGGUUGAAGACCUGGCAUAGCU